AUGUACAAUAAAUCUAAACAAUUGAUAGCAGCGCAAAACGUAACGAUAGAAGAAGAAAAUUUGGAUAAUUCAAAGAAUGAUCCAACUUAUAAACCUCAUAACGCCAGCCAAUCAAAAACUGAAAAAGAUUCAAGUGGAAUUGUAACGAUAUCUGAGGUGUAUGAUAUGGAACAAAAUACAAAUAAUAAAGGCUAUGGAAAAAAAUAUUUCUGUCCUUAUUGUAAGGAAAAAUUUAGUAAAUUGGGCCGUCAUUUAGAACAAAAGCACAAGGACCAAGCAGAAGUUAAAUCAUUCGUAGUUUUUCCAAAAAAGUCAGCUGCAAGAAGCAAUGCCAUUGCCCUUAUCAGAAAUAAAGGAAUAGUGAUUCAUAAUUCAAACUUCGAAUUUCACAAGGGAAAAUUCUUGUGUGCUCGACGACCUGGACCACAGAAAGAAAUGAAGAGCACAGCUCUGGAAGUCUGUCCCGAUUGUAAUGGUACUUAUACAACUUUAAGUAUAAAAAACCACAACUGUAAAGUAGACACAGAGAAUCUUCCAAACAAAACUAGAGAACUACUUCUACGUGGUCGACAAAAAUUUUUGCACUGUGAUAAAGGAUUGUCGGAAAGAAUGAGAGUAGAAAUACUACCAACAAUUCAAAAUGAACAAUAUUUCGAAAUCAUUAAAAGUGAUUUUUUAAUUCUAGAAUGUGGUGAAUCGUUUUGCAAAAAAUAUCUUGAAGCUAGACAAAACUAUAUGAUCUGCGGAUAUUUAAGAGCAUACGCUAAUUUUUUAAUAGAAAUCAGAAAGAUUAAUUCAGAAAUAUCAGAUUUUGAAUCGGUUAUGAGACCACACUAUUACAAAGACACGUGUUUAGCAAUUAAAAAGGUGGCUGGGUUUUCAAGAAGUGGCUUUGCGCACCCUGGAACAGCAACAUCUUUAACAAUGUUAAUUAAAAAAGCAGCUAAAGUUAAUCAUUGCGAUAUCUUGAUGAGUAAAGAUCCAGGAAGAAAAGCAGUUCAGAAGGAAGUUGAGGGUUAUGCCAAAUUGUGCGAAGAUCGAUUUGGAGAAGAUAUUAAUAAAAUAGCAACUACAACUUACUUGAAAAACAAACAGAAUAAGCAAGUUGAGCUUGUAAGUACAGAAGAUAUUAAUAAAUUAGAUACAUUUUUAGAAAAUAAACGUUUGAAUGCAUUAAAGACUUUAAACAGAAUAAACGAGGACGUUGAAGAUAUUGACGCAGAUCCUUGGUGCAAAAAAUAUUAUAAUAUUUGGCGUGAUCUUUGA